AAUAUUUGUAUACUAUCACAGCUGAAAAAAAGAUUUGGGGUGGAUAUAAGCGGUUCCAGUACUGUCACACCUCUGGCAGUGGACGUAAUGGGUCUUCGUGGCUACUUGUAUGGUGUCUACAAGCAUGAAGAUGUCUUUGUUGCUGCCAAGAAAUCUGACAAACAUAUUGUACUACCAACGACGCUUGCUGAAUUUGAAGAGUUUUUUAAUACUGGCAGCAUCUUUCUAUUAUUAAAUUACAUAUAUUACAUCGUCUCAGCAGCUGAAGAAAUCUUGCAAAAUCCUGACAAGCAAACAAAAAGAAGAUUCGAAGCAAUGUUGGAUGAUGAAUACCCAGUUGACGACGAUCCUUAACUUCAGUUCACAUAUCCCAACAAAAAAAUAAACUCGA